AUCUUUCAUUGGGACGUCCGAACCCAGACCUGCUACAGCUUCAUCCACCUGAGUGUACAGGAGUUCCUUGCUGCUCUCUAUUAUGGGAUGGAUGAUGGGUCUGGGUCUAUGGAAGGGACUUUCCUCCCGGAGAUCUGUAAAGGGGAAUCACUCCGUGACCUCAGUUCAGAUUCCCCACAUUUAUCAUUAUCUGUACAAUUCCUGUUUGGUCUCCUAAAUGAGAAUCAGGUGAAGACAUUCUCCGAGAUCUCGGGAAUCCCCGUCUCACUCCGAGCCAAACCUGCAAUCAUAGAAUGGGCCAUGAAGGACAUCGAUCAGACAUUCCCUACUCAGACCAUCUUCUGUCUGUAUGAGACUCAGGAUGAGGACUUCAUUAGGAGAGUCAUGUCUCGUUGUUCAGAUUUGAUUCUGUAUGGCUCACGUACUGAUCACUUGUGGAUGGACAGGAAUUAUUCCAACCAGCUGAGCUAUUGCUUGAAGGCUUUGAAGAGAGAAAGUUUUCAGUCUUUAUAUUUUCUAUAUCUCACUCUGGGUCCAGAGUUCCAGAAAAUUCUAUCUCCAUUCCUACACAGGAGUCAGAAGGUCAGAUUUGAGGAUUGUACAUUCUCCAGUAAAGAUUGUCUGGGAGAGAACAAAGCAGAAGAUGAAGAAGAGUCCUCCUCUUCAGGAGAUAAUAUGGAUUUUGCUAAUCUUUCCUUCCUGAUGAACCCGGAGAGUAAAAUCCAGAUAUUAUAUUUGUUUGGAUGUGAUUUGACCUCCUCCUGCUGUGAUGCUCUCCGAUCCAUUCUUGUCACUAACCGAUCCCUCACCAGACUGGAUUUAUCAGAUAAUAAUCUGCAAGACUCUGGGAUACAACUUCUAUGUGAGGGGCUCAGACAACCUGGCUGUACUCUGCAGGAGCUGAGUUUUGUUUGGUGUGGUGUGACUUCCUCCGGCUGUGAUGAUCUCCAUUCCAUUCUUAUCACUAACCGAUCCCUCAUCACCCUGGAUUUAUCAUAUAAUGAUCUGCAAGACAAUGGAAUAAAAUGUCUGUGUGAGGGACUCAGACAUCCUGGCUGUACUCUGCAGGAGAUAAGUUUUGUUGGCUGUAAUGGGACUUUAUCGUGCUGUGAUGAUCUUUGUUCCAUUAUCAACACAAACCAAACUCUGACCAGACUGGACAUAAAAUUGGAUGAUGAUGGGAAGAUGUCCGACUCAGAAGUGGGAGGUUGUUUUGAGGUCCUCCGGAAUGCUGGCUUCACUGUGGAUAGAUGGGGACAAAACUGGUUUGUAUCUAUAGACAGAAGAAGAGUAGAACAUGGUCUUGGUGAAGACGUCUCGUCCGAUGCAGGUAAUACACGACUCCUCCCCCUCUUAGAAAAUACACGGCUCCUCCCCCUCUCAGGUAAUACACGGCUCCUCCCCUCUCAGGUAAUGAUAUGAUAUGAAGAGAAUGUCCAGAAUGGAAUGAUAUCAGAGUAACUUGUUCAUGACGCUGAUAAUUUAUAAUUUUCCUUUUCUUCACAUACAGAAGAUGAGGAUUCUACUGACUGAUAUCUACUGAACGUUAUUCCCGGAAUGAUCUGAGUGGUGAUCUGUCUUUUCUCUGAUUCCUAAAUUUCUAUAUUGUAUUGUAUUGUUACUCCAUAAUGUAUGUAUUACUACAAAAUAAAAAUUAGAUUUUUGGAUCUU